AUGGAAUGGGCUUUGAAGGGGGUGAGAGAGAAAGUUCAGUUGGCUACUAAGUUUGGAGUGAGAGGAGGUGAUGAGAAGUUUGAGAUCAGUGGUGAUCCAGCUUAUGUGAGGGAAGCUUGUGAAGGUAGCUUGAAGAGACUUGAUAUUGAUUCUAUUGAUCUCUACUAUCAACAUCGUAUUGAUACUCGUGUUCCAAUUGAAGUCACGAUUGGGGAGCUUAAGAAACUUGUUGAAGAAGGGAAAAUAAAAUACAUUGGUUUGUUUGAGGCCUCGGCUGCAACAAUUAAAAGAGCGCAUGUAAUACAUCCUAUAACAGCUGUGCAGUUGGAGUGGUCACUGUGGCCAAGAGAUGUUGCAGAAGAAGUUAUUCCAACUUGCAGGUAA